AAUGAGUUCAGAAACACAUGUAUAAUGGCUGACACAGGCAGUUUAUCAGUCUUCAUUUAAUCAUUCUUCAUCCUGUUUUGUUGUUUAAAGAAAGCACUGCUUUUUCACUCUUUGGCAUUGAAAGCAACGUCAAUUAAAGCGACAUACGCCUGUCAAUCGUCUAAGAGUUUAUCUAUCUGCACAACUGUUACUUGGAAACACAGUGGGGGCAGAACAGUGAAAAAGCAUAGAUCUACACAACAAGCAGUGAAUGUUUACAUCGAGGAUCUACUAUAUUAACUAAAGAUGUCUCAAGAAGCUGGAAAGGCUCCGUCAAUUCGCUCCAGCAAGACACACCUGUCAAAUUCAAGUAAGUCGUCUGCAAGCAUGGCUGCUGUAAAUGCAAGGGCGAAAGCUGAAGCAGCUCGCACUAGAGCUGAAUUUGCUAAAAAGGAAAUUGCAAUGAAAGUUAAGAAAGCAGAACUGGAAGCCACAUUACUGGUUCUUCAACACCAGUGUGAUGCAGAGGCAGCUCAUGCUGAGGCAAACGUUUAUGAGGCAGCUGCUAAUGAAGAAGAACAUAUGUCUCGACCAGAGCAGCAAAAUGAUGAUUCUUUAGAACGUACUGGCAAUUAUGUGAAAGACCAACUUGUCUUAAAAGGUAGUCUAACUCCAUUUGAUAUUGUAGAGUACAAUGAAGUACCUGCAGCCACGACAUUUUGUCAACCCAAACAAGAACCUGACUAUUCCAUAGACACUCUGAAAGACUAUGUUCUUCCAUCAAACAUUUCAAUCAAUCAUGAAGCUGUUCCUCAACUGUCCCGGUGUAAUCCUGUACUUAAAACGUCACCAAGCUUCAAACAUGAUGUUCAAUCAAAAGACCAAGUUAACAUGUCUGAACUAACGAGGUUCCUGGCUAGAAGCGAGCUACUCACUGGAGGACUAAGGAAGUUUAGUGACAAACCAGGAGACUACUGGUCUUGGAAAUCCUCUUUCGAGAAUGCAAUCCGUAACUUACAUUUGUCUGCCAGUGAAGAACUGGACUUAUUGAUCAAAUGGCUUGGCCCAGAGUCCAUGAAGUAUGCAGAGCGUCUGCAAGCAGUGCAUGUCCAUAAUCCUGAUCAAGGGUUGCUUAAAGUUUGGGACAGACUGCAAGAAUGUUAUGGUUCUCCAGAAGCCUUAGAAAGAGCACUGUUAGAUCGGAUGCUACAGUUUCCUAAGAUCUCUAACAAAGAUCCACAUCUCUUGAGAGAACUUGCAGACCUUCUCCUAGAGAUCGACUCAGCUAAGAGUGAGGGUUACAUACCAGGUCUACUCUACCUCGACACAGCAAGGGGAAUUCACCCUGUAGUUGAUAAAUUGCCCUUUGGAAUACAAGAAAAGUGGAUGAACCAUGGGACUAAAUACAAAGAAAAACAUUCUGUGUCAUUUCCACCAUUUUGUGUAUUUGCCAACUUUGUUUCCAGUGAAGCAAAAAUGCGCAAUGAUCCCAGCUUUAGACAUCCAGUCCAGCAACCAACAGUACCUACGAAAAUGUUUAAAUAUCAGGAAAGACACACCAGGAAAGAACCCAUCUCAGUAAGUCGGACAGAAGUUGUAAACUCUCGACUAAAACCUGUAGCUGAGACAAAGAUUGUGGAUGUAGAUAAAGAAUGUCCCAUCCACAGAAAACCUCAUGCACUGAAAAGAUGUAGAGCAUUCAGAGAAAUGCCCUUUGAGGAACGAAAGAUCUACCUUAAAAAGAACUCAAUAUGCUUCAGAUGUUGUGCCUCUACCAAUCACCAGGCAAAGAAUUGUAGUACAGAGAUAAGUUGUGCAGAAUGCGGCAUCAACAGUCAUGUUUCAGCCCUUCAUCCUGGUCCAGCAGUUUGGGCAACAACACCACCACCAGCUGUGAGGCAGCCAGUGGACGUUCACGGCGGGGAGCAAGACCAAGCAUCACCUACUGCUACCUCUACCUGUACCCAAGUGUGUGGAAGUGAAAUUCAAAGUCAUUCUUGUGCUAAAAUCUGUCCAGUGUUCAUCUAUCCAAAGGGGUUUCCUGAGAAGAAAUUGAAAACAUAUGCGAUCUUGGAUGACCAAAGUAACAGGUCCCUUGCUAGAUCUUCAGUCUUUGAUACCUUCAGUAUUACAAGGAGAUCUUAUCCUUACAUGCUAAAGACUUGUGCAGGAACGGAAGAAGUAAUGGGGAGAAGAGCUCACAACUUUGUUGUGGAAUCAGUGGAUUGCCAGUCACAUCUGUUGCUAGAGACACUUAUCGAGUGUGAUAUGCUUCCAGACAAUCGGAAUGAAAUUCCAACACCUGAAGCUGCUCAACACCACUCCCACCUCCGGGACAUAGCUGCAGAAAUUCCCAAGCUGGAUCCAGAUGCUAGCAUCUCGCUUCUCAUAGGGAGAGAUGUUGUCCAAGCACACAAGGUUACUGACCAACGUAAUGGACCUCUAAAUGCCCCAUUCGCUCAGAAGCUGGCCCUUGGAUGGGUCAUAGUUGGAGAUGUUUGCCUCGGAGGGGCACACAAACCUGACUAUGCAAGUGUUUUCAAAACCAGUUUCCUGGAUAAUGGUCGGCCCAGUCACUUUCUACCGUGUAAGAAUGCAAUUCAGGUGGCAGAAGGCUUUGAUUACCCAGUUCCUCAAAAGGUCAGUUUCUGCACAUCUACAAAGACAAAAUGGUCAGACAUCACAGAGAUUGGAGAAACAAUCUUUCAACAAACAAGCUCAGAUGAGAAACCUGGCUUCUCACAAGAAGAAAGAGCCUUUCUUCAGAUAAUGAACAAGGCAGUCUUUCAAGAUAGUUCAAAUAGUUGGGUCGCUCCACUACCCUUUCGUUUCCCUAGGCCAUGCCUUCCCAAUAAUAGGCAGCAGGCUAGACAGCGCCUUACCUCUGUUCACCGUACUCUGAAUAAACGCCCUACAAUGAAAGAACACUUCCUACAAUUUAUGCAAACCAUACUCGAUAGUGGCCAUGCAGAAUUGGCACCCCCUCUCAAAGAACAGGAGGAGUGCUGGUAUCUCCCUUUCUUUGGAGUUUAUCACCCUCGCAAGUUAGACCAGAUUCGGAUUGUGUUCGACUCCAGCGCACGUCAUAAUGGGUUGUCACUCAAUGACGUUCUUCUUACAGGCCCUAAUCUCAACAAUAGUCUCUUAGGUGUUCUAAUGCGCGUCUCAGAGAAGAACGAGUAG